AGAGUAAGACGGACGUCAUCUUUGUAGGAGUCGGAAGACGUGCUUGCUUUGAGUCUAAAGCAUUGCUUGAGUUUGAGAGUGUUGGAUCUUCUCAGCUCUGGGAAACCAUGAAGCUGUUUUUUUCUGCCGUUGUCGUUGCGGUCGUUGUUAUGAUGCUGACGCCAGCCGAGUGUAAACGACGGACAACGGAGCGGAAAGACAGGCCAAAAAACUAUGUGCUGCCACGAAACGAGGCGGCUCCAGGCGUCCCUGACCACGUCUCCAACUUCCUCGUCAACGGGGUCAUCGACCACUACCGCCACCCGCCGAACGUCAACCACCAAGAUGGGGGUGUCAAAGAAGCGGAGCUACAACACGAGAUGUUUGAGAUGAAGCGACGUCAGCACGGGGAGAAGGUGAAGAAACGUAGCGGGCUGUCAAAGAAGCUGCUGCGAGGGAAACGCUUCGUUGAUGCCAAGGCGCCUGGCUGGACUAAUGGAAUUGUACCAUAUGAAUUUGGCAACAUUAGUACUUCCCAGCAGGCCACGGUUCUCCAAGCCAUGGCCACCAUAGAGGAAUAUACCUGCAUCCGCUUCUUCGAGAGAGGUUCCCCGGGAUACAGUGUGUCACAUACCAACUACCUACUGUUUAUCAAGACGUCCUCAUGCUGGUCCUACAUCGGGAUGCAUAACAGCCCACAAUACAUCUCUCCCUGCACCAACUUCUUCACCGUCCUCCACGAGAUCAUCCACGCUCUUGGGGCGUGGCACGAGCACCAACACUACGACCGACAGCAGCACCUUCAGUACUUCCCCAACCACGUCAGGAGUGGUGCCGAGAAUAACUUCGCCCUGCCGCCAGCAUCUUGGCAUGACGACUUUGUGAACCUUCCCCUGGAUCUGCAGUCUGUCAUGAUGUACGGAGACUAUGACUUCUCAAUAGACAGAUCCUCGAGGAAGACCAUCGACCCCUACUCAGAUGAUGUCGCCGACACACGUGACGACUUCUGGAUCGUCAUGCACGAACUCAGCAUUGCCUAUCAGUGCGCUUCCAGGUGCAAUGGCGCCCCUCCAACCUGCUCCAACGGCGGCUAUGCCGGCAUCUACAACGACGCAUGCAGCUGCAUCUGUCCGAAAGGCCUCGACCCUGCAACAUCGUGUGCUACAUUACAGUCAGGAGUGCAGGGCGGUGUGUUCACGCUGACUCCCUCCAACCCGGAAGUACAGUUCACUACCCCGGGUGCUCCCGACACGGGUAUUGCAGCCAACUCUAAGUACAUGUGGAUCUUCUGGGCGCCUGACGAUGGCUCUAAGAUCGUGGUUGACAUUGAGCAUAUAUUCGCGGCGGGGACCAGCUCAUCCUGCAUCUCCACGCUCCGCAUCUCCCGGGAUCUCAUCGGCCAAUCGGGCAGCGAAUACUGCGGUUCUGAGUUUGGCAAAUCUAUCAUCUCCCUUGGCAACGUUGUGGUCAUCGAACUGGACGCCGGUACCUCCGCCAACAGCUACAUCAAGGGCACCGCCACCCUGCAAUCAGUUGAUGACUGGUGCUACGACCUCGGUGACAAUGGAGAGACCUACAACGACAACGUCAACGUGACUGUCACCAACGCCGCCUGCCUGCCCUGGUCCCAGGCGUCCAGCUGCGACUACAACCCAGCUGAGAUGACCCUGAGGGCCGACUACAGCGGCAACAACUGCAGGAACCCCGAGAUGGUGCUUCCCCAGCCCUGGUGCUAUACCUCCAUCGACCAGUACAGCUGUAAGAUCUCCCUCUGUGACGUGUGUCAAUACGGCAGGACCUACGACAGCUACGACAACUGCGACAUGCUCAUUGCAAGCAACACCGACUACUGCAGUACAGCCGACUCACAGUAUGGUUGUCGAAAAACAUGCGAGGAACUGGCAACAAUCACAACUACAUCGUCUACAACGACUACUCCUACCACUACGACAGCAACUACCACUACGUCUACAACUACUUCACCAACAACUACUACUCCUACUACAUCAACAACUACUCCUACUACUACGACAGCAACAACCACUACGUCUACCACUACUACACCAACAACUACUACUUCUACUACAACAUCAACAACUACUACUUCUACAACUACUUCUACUACAACAACUCCAACGGCAACAACAACGACCCCAACUCCUCCGACGAAGGUGUGUCCUUCUGGCUACUCACUACACUCCGGGGAUGGCCAGUGCUAUAAAUUCUUCACUACUAAAAAGAAUUACGGCAAGGCCAAGACCCAGUGUGCCCUAGACGGGGGACUUAUCACGUCUGUUGAGUCGGCCGCCGUCAACCUGUUCCUGGUCCAACUCAGAGCUGCCGCAGGUUCCAGAUUCCCCGCCUCUCCGAUGUUCAUCAACGCUCGGUGGCACAAGAGGAAGCAGUACUGGUACUGGGUGCCCUUGGGCAAGAGGGUCAAGGUUGCCAGCCUCUAUACCAACUGGAACUCCAAUAACCCCGACGGCCCCGACGGUGAUGCGGCUGCAAAGAUCAAGUGUGCGGUGAUGGAGCCAGCGUCCGCCGGGAAUCAGUGGGUCCCUAGCAGGUGUAACAAGAACUACUUCAUCUGUAGGACCAACACCGUCUCCGCCGUUCUCAGUGCCAGAAGUGACCCCCAGUCUGCCAAAUGCCGUGACCUCAGGUCGGAGUGUCAGAAGUUCCUGCACGACGACCCUGCCAUGUGUAACAAGAAGCUCGCUAAGUCCUGCCGGGCCACAUGCGGCCGGUGCAACCCUAACGGAAUGACAUGCGCAGUGACGACACCUUCCGCUGCUGAUCACGUGUCUUUGAAGUCGUCCGAGACUCAGCUGACCCCUGGUCAGUUCGUGAAGUAUCAGUGUAGGAAGAGAAACGUCCUCAAGUCCGGAGCGUUGAGACGGGCCUGCACGCUGACCGGGGCGCUGACCGGCGAUGCUCCGACCUGCACAGAUAUAUCUAACACUGUGUCGAGUGUGAACGGGCGGAAACUGGGGCCAAGGCUGAGUUUCCCAGCUGACUUCCAGCUGUACGGCAAGUCAGUCAUCAGGCGCAAUGGCCGGGUGUCGCAGUGGAAGGCUUUCUGCGCCACGGAGGGGGACGUUAUCUUCAUGGUCUUGAGGAAGAAGAGAAAGAGGUCCGAGAUCGUCGGUGUCAACAAGGUGAAGUGCAUGAACGACCGCGUGAUGACGUGGGAUGUAGCCGAGGAGGAGCGUAUCACCGUCCAGCCGGGGGACUACCUCGGGGCGGGGGACUUGGAAGGGGGUCAUCUCCAGUAUAGCUGGUGCGACGGGGGCAAGAAGAUGGUGUAUGACACGUACCUGGAAUCCGAGCUUCGACCAGGAGAGACAGUCGCCAUGGAGGGAGGAGAGUGCCUCGUUAUUGAAAUGGACGCUGUCAUCGUUCCUCUGUAAAUAGAGGCAGCCAUUUUAUGACUGUAACGCGCCAACCGAAAUAAAUAUGGA